AUGGUGCACGUCUCUUUCUAUCGAAACUGUAAGCGCUCUCUCUCUCUCUCUCUCUCUCUCUCUCUCUCUCUCUCUCUCUCUCUCUCUCUCGCUCUCUCGUUCGCUCGUUCGCUCGCUCUAUGGAUCUAUGCAUCUAUCUUUCUUUCUUACUUUUCCAUGGUGGCAUUUCUUAGAUCUGGAUCACGAGGGACACAUCAUCUCUGAAUGUAUUUUUAUGAGUAUUACGAUUCUUCGAGAAUUUGGUUCGUGUAUUUUUGCGCUUCAAUGACGAUCUACCGUCGUUCGAGGACUAGUAGAUUAGAAGGUUUUAUAAUAUAGUGUUAGGGCGCUUGCAGCUGCUGCGUAUUAGUGGUAGAUCUGCUGACGAUGUAUAGAUUUUGGCGGUUCUACCGAGGAAUGUAGGGUUUCCGGCGAGAUGGAGGCCAUCCUGAUCGGUUUAUUUUUCUUGGCGCCUGCGUGUUUCUCACUCUAGACGCUUAUACUCUUUUUUCUUUAAAGUCUUCAAGUCAUAGGAGCCAUUAGCUCUCCAUUUGGAGGGAAUGCGUCACCUGGAGACAUGAUCUUUUAGGGCUUUUAUGGGGCUCCUAAUUGCUGCAAAAUCUAAUGCAAUUUUUUCUCCCCAGUUGAGGUUGAUUGCUGGAUAUUUUUCCAGUCUUGAUUGAAAACACGUUCUGUUGUUUUCUAUGCAAAUAUCAAAAUAUUGUAGAAAACUUCUUGCUUUCACUGGCGUUGCAUUUUUUUCUGCCUAUGAGGUGUUGUAUAUAUGGCUUGUGUGAAUGAAAAUAGAAAAAAAUCCUUUCUCUUCUCCAGAUGGGAAAACCUUUAAGAAGCCCCGGCGCCCUUACGAGAAGGAGCGUCUGGACCAAGAGCUGAAGCUUGUGGGGGAAUAUGGCCUCCGAUGCAAAAGAGAGCUUUGGAGGGUGCAAUAUGCUUUGAGCCGCAUCCGUAAUGCUGCAAAGGAACUCCUGAAGCUUGAUGAGAAGGAUGAGAAGCGGAUCUUUGAGGGUGAGGCCCUUCUCCGCCGGAUGAACAGGUACGGGCUCUUGGAUGAGAGCCAGAACAAGCUUGAUUAUGUCCUGGCGUUGACUCCGGAGCACUUCCUCGAGCGGCGUCUCCAGACGCUUGUCUUCAAGUCUGGAAUGGCCAAGUCAAUCCACCAUGCCCGUGUGCUCAUUAGGCAGCGCCAUAUCAGGUUGGCUGCCUUAUCUUGGCUGCAUCUAGUUCCACUUCAUUUCACCUGCUCCACACCAAUGAAAUAGUCAUUGGUGUUCAUUGAAUUUGUCUUUGUCUUUCUAUUCUUUGCUAUUGCACUGAGGCACUGAUUUCUUCUUCUCUCUUCUCAAUCUCCAUCCUAUAUGUUCACUGCUUUCUAAUGAUUCCUUCCUGCACACUAUUUUUUCAUCAUUCCUAAUGUUUUCACUGCUUGUCUUUGACCUCAUCUUUUAAAUCCGGAUUUGGUCUGCAAAUCUCACACUGGAUAGAUGAAGAGACGAAGUGCUGUGAGGGUGUAAGAGAACCUUAUACAGGGUGUGUUGUCCCAACUCGCUUAGCCAUCGCUAGAGACGCUCUGCAUUCAUGCGACCCAAAGUAGCGCAGUAAUGUUGCCAGCUACGUUAUUGUGAAGUUUCUUCAUCAGUUUCAUCGAAACUCUUUCAUAAUGAUGCCCUGAUUUUUUGGAUCUUCAGAUCUCUCUGUCGUAAUUGUUGAAUACAAUAUUGGGAUCCUGUAAGAUUAGUCAAAGAAGAUCCAACUGUUCUUGUGCUGCUAGUCAGUUUUUGGAGGCUGAGGAUUUCAGCGUAUGUGGUGAUUUUGGCUGAAGUUGGAUUUUUUUCUUCCCCGGUCAACCCGGUUGCAGGGUUGGAAGGCAGGUGGUGAACAUCGCAUCGUUCAUGGUGAGGGUUGACUCCCAGAAGCACAUUGACUUCUCUCUCACAAGCCCAUUUGGCGGCGGCCGCCCAGGUAGGGUGAAGCGGAAGAACGCCAAGGCUGCCGCCAAGAAGGCCGCCGGAGGUGACGAUGAGGAGGACGAGGAGUGA